AUGUCCCUGCAAAGCGUCCUCCCCAAGGGCACAAAGCUCAUAACCUCCGCACCCCUCCCAGGGUCCACCAAGAAACACAUCCUCUCCCCCGACUCGUCUUCUGGCGAGAACCUCCCCCUGUCCCUUUCCGCUCCUUCGGCAUCUACGUCCACCCCCUCCCCGCUCACCGCACCCUUCGUACACCUAGUCUUUCCGGCUGGAGAAGCGCCGCAAGCGAGCCAUUUGGCCCUGACGUUCCAAGGGGGUUUUGUUGGGACUAGUGUCAAUGUAUGGGUGGGAGAAGAGGUUGAUUCGGAGAGGGAGGGGGAGGUCGAGCUGGGGUUGGAGCUGGGAGGUAGGAUCUACCCGGAGGAUAAGAACCGGAGACAGAUCUUUGAGAUUCCAUUCCCGCCUACCGUAGCAUCAACAGAAGACGGCGUCAUCCCAGUAAAGACGUCCAAACCCGUCCCCCGAAUCAGAGAAAUCAAGCUCGAAUUUGAAAAGUCGUCCGACCACUAUGGUCGUAUUACUCUCUACAGUCUGGAACUUCUAGCUUAG